AGUACCAGAAAGUAUUGAACUUUUCAGUCCUUAGAGACGGCGACGACGACGACUGCAACGCCGCCGGCGAAGUCAAACUAUGAGUCAAGCUGAGAGUGAGAAGCACAAUUGAAGAUCAGAAGGCCCACGAAUUCAGCAGCGGAGAUAAGCUGAAUUUAAGGCAUCUCCAGAAGAUCAAAUGUUGGUCCAGGAUCGGGCAGUGCCAAAAUCACCGAAAUCGCCGAAAUCCCAUAUCAGAGCUCUCCCCACGCUGCACCGGAACCACCACCGUUUCUCCGAGGCCAAAAGCCUUGACUUUUCGACGUGGGUUUCUGAUAAUUUCUACAAAAUUGUUACAAUAUGUAUCCUGAUAUUCACUGUUGCAGCCGUCUUCUUCCUCUACAACUCCACCGACACAGCUUCUUUCCUCCGGCACCAGUCCAAGACGCAGCAAUCGCUUGAUUCUAUCUCUCUCCCUCAAAUCAAGUGGAAUUCGAUCGCAACCAUUAGUGAUAAGUUGUCUCCUUACGCCAAUUUUCGAUCAGAGCAAUGGAUUGUGGUGUCUGUGUCGGAUUAUCCGUCUGAUUUGUUGAAGAAGAUGGUCAAGAUUAGGGGGUGGCAGGUGUUGGCAAUUGGGAAUUCUAGGACGCCCAAGGAUUGGAGCUUGAAAGGUGCCAUUUUUUUGUCUUUAGAUGAGCAAGCUAAGUUGGGGUUCCGUGUUGUGGAUUACUUGCCGUAUGAUUCUUAUGUUAGGAAGAGUGUGGGUUAUUUGUUUGCUAUCCAACAUGGUGCAAAGAAGAUCUUUGAUUGUGAUGAUCGUGGGGAGGUGAUUGGUGAUGAUUUAGGGAAGCAUUUUGAUGUAGAAUUGGUGGGGGAGGGAGCUAGGCAGGAGUCUAUGUUGCAAUAUAGUCAUGAUAAUCCUAAUAGGACUGUAGUGAACCCAUAUAUCCAUUUUGGGCAAAGGUCAGUUUGGCCUAGGGGAUUGCCACUAGAGAAUGUAGGUGCAAUUGGGCAUUGUGAGGAGUUUUACACUGAGGUCUUUGGUGGCAAGCAAUAUAUACAAGGGAUUUCCAAUGGGUUACCUGAUGUUGAUUCUGUGUUUUAUUUUACCAAAAAGUCGGGUUUGGAAGCAUUUGAUGUUAGAUUUGAUGAGCAUGCACAAAAAGUGGCAUUGCCACGAGGGCUUUUGUGGGAGAUUAGUGGUUAUGUUGUUGUUUAUCCACCCACAAUCAUAGAAGAGGGUUUUUGGACCGAGAAGGAUCUCAAGUUCACUGCUGCUUGGCUUCACGACUUGCUUGCUGGCUGUCACCGAGGACUUGACGAAAUCGUCACUUUAGAGAAGCCAUCACCGGAGGCAACUACAUAAUCCCUUCGGCUCGACGGCGCAUGUGACUUGAACCUCCGCGCUUCUUCCUUAACUUCUCAAGAUUUGCUGCUAGUUUGUUCUCAGCUCCGACGGAGUGUUUGCUUCAUGCGCUUGAGAUCGCGCUAGAGCUGCUUGACAAGCACGAUGCCUCUGUGGACAUGGAUCCCUAUGGAUUUGCCACCUGCUUUAGGAUCGUCACCUUUUCAUUAUCGGAGCUCCAGUAGAGCUUUAAUCAACUCUUUUUCACCAC